AUGGAGAAUUAUCAGAAAAUUGAGAAAGUUGGCGAAGGAGCAUACGGUGUCGUCUACAAGGCUCGAGAGCUGAAACAUCCUCACCGCAUCGUUGCUCUAAAGAAGAUCCGACUCGAAGCCGAGGAUGAGGGCGUCCCUAGUACAGCCAUCCGAGAGAUCUCUCUUCUCAAAGAAAUGAAGGACCAGAAUAUUGUCCAGUUGCUGAAUAUUGUGCACGUCGACAGUCUGAACCUCUAUCUUGUCAUGGAGUUCUUAGACUUGGACCUGAAGAAAUACAUGGACGCCCUGCCGUUCAGCGAAGGUGGCCGUGGGAAACCUCUACCGAAAGGAUCGAGAAUAACCCUCGGUUUAGACGAUGCGGUGGUGAAAAAGUUUAUGGCACAGCUGCUUGAGGGUGUCCGAUAUUGCCACAGUCACCGCAUUCUACAUCGUGAUUUAAAACCGCAGAACUUGCUGAUUGACCGGGAAGGCUCCUUGAAAUUAGGUGACUUUGGACUAGCUCGGGCUUUCCGUAUCCCAUUGAGGAGGUAUACCCAUGAGGUUGUGACUCUAUGGUAUCGUGCCCCGGAAAUUCUUCUUGGUAGCCCCCUGUACUCCACCGGCGUCGAUAUGUGGUCUGUGGGAGCUAUUUUUGCUGAGAUGUGCACCCGCAAGCCUCUCUUCCCUGCUGAUUCGGAGAUUGAAGAAAUCUUCACGAUCUUUCGUCUUCUUGGUACUCCCAACGAAAAGACCUGGCCCGGUGUCACUGUGCUCCCCGACUACAAAAACAGCUUCCCUCAAUGGAGGCGUUCCAGCACCCCUCUGGUUCCUAACAUAGAGAGCGCUGGCUACGAGCUACUAGAGGCUCUCCUCCAAUACGACCCCGCGAAAAGGCUCUCUGCAAAACAGGCUUGCCUCCAUCAUUACUUUCGCAAUGGAAGUUCAUAUUACUCCGGACGUGCCCACUAA